AAGUCAGGGGAGCUCAAAAGAAGCAGGAAUAAAGGAGACACACCCUAGAGGAGGAGAGCAAAGUUGUUCCCAUAUCUAACUCCCCCAGUCACACAGCCUCUGCCUGUGUUCUGAUUAUUAUUUAUUGCUCAAAGUUGAGAAAAAGAAAGAUCCAGGAUUACAGACUUCUGGACUUUCAGACACAAAGACCAGCAGGACCUCAGCGCUUAUGUGACUCUUUUCUCAGUCACCUCGAUAUCACAGUUCAAGAUUUAGUUUUUUUCAACUCUGCUCAUUGCUGCACAACGAACCAAAGAAUCACAGCCUUCAGAAUUUGCACAGCUCUGACAGCCUCACAGUUUAGUUCAAGUAUGUCAAUGAAGUAUGAAAACUUCCAUUCCGUGGAGAGUGACAAGAAGAGCUGGUGGCUUAGAAAUGGGAUGUGUCCUCCCCAGCCCUUCCUGCAGCAUCUCUGCUCUGGAGCCCGCCCCCUCCUGUUCUGCCUGGGCCUCAGCCUUCUCCUGCUGGUCGGCAUCUGCGUGAUCGGAUCCCGCAGUCACAGUGAAAAUUCCAAGUUUCAGAGGGACCUGAUGACUCUGAGAACAAAUUUCAGCAAUGUCACUUCUAACACUACGGCUGAGAUUAAGGAACUGCACUCCCAGGAUGGCAGUUUGCAAGAAACCAUAACACUUCUGAAAGCCAAGGUAGAAAACCAUGAGCACGAACUGCAAGCAGCCCACAGCUUGAAUGACAAGGUGUUGUCUCUAAAGAGCAAGCUGGAGAAAGAACAGCAGGAACUCAAAGAAGAUUAUUCCGAAAUGCUCCUACAAGUCCAGCAGCUGGCCAAAGACCUGACCUCCCUGUAUUGUGAGAUGGCUGCUCUCAAGAGCAAUGACACUCAAAAUACCUGCUGUCCCGCUAACUGGCUGGAGCAUGAAGACAGCUGCUACUGGUUCUCUCGUACUGGGAAGACCUGGAAUGAGACGAAUAAGUACUGCCAGCUGAAGAACGCGCACUUGGUGGUCAUCAACUCCAGAGAGGAACAGAAUUUUGUUGUACAACACACGUCCUCUAUGAACACUUGGAUCGGCCUCACUGAUCAAAAUGGGUCCUGGAAAUGGGUGGAUGGAACAGACUAUGAGACAGGUUUCAAGAACUGGAGUCCAGAUCAGCCGGAUGACUGGUAUGGACAUGGGCUUGGAGGAGGUGAAGACUGUGUCCACUUCAGAGAUGAUGGCCACUGGAAUGAUAAUGUCUGCCAGAGGCCCUAUCGCUGGGUCUGUGAGACAGAGCUGAAGAGGGCCAGCUAGGAGCCUCCUCUCCCCUACUUUAUUCCCUCAAUGCCUUCAUUUGCUGAAGCGGCCUGAAUUGGGGAUCCUCCUAUCUGUGGGCCUCCUGCAGCUUCUCAGCGAUUUUCAUCUAGGACUUUAAGGGAAGGUGAAAUGAUGGUGUCUGAGAAAUGUAAAAUGAUGUUUGGAGGGGUGGAGAUAUUGAAAUCCAUGCCAGUUUUUGCAGUUUUUAAAGUAAAAAGAAGAGAAAUAUACUAAACAUUCUGAGUU